AAACAAACACCUGAGAGAAUGUCAAGUGCUCCACCGCCAUCGACGGCUGCUGGCUCUUCAGCAGAAGCGCAGGCGGCGGCAUUCGCUGAAGACCCUCGUAUAUAUUUCCUCAAGGAGACAGAAACUUGGAGGUAUGAAGAUGAUGACGGAAGCGAAAUGGAGUAUGAUGCCGUCAAGGGCACCUGGGUUCCCUUGGUAGAUGAAGAUCUACUGAAGAAACAGCAAGCAGCCUAUUCUGUGGCGGGUGUCGACGAAGCGACACCAGCCGCUCCCGUCCUGGCUCGUGAAAACAAGAAACGCAAAGAACCUGAAGACUACACGUCCGCUACGACCACCGCUGGACCUUCUUCCAAACGAGGCAAAAAUGAUAAAAAGGACAAACCUGUCAAGUCCAAAAACACUGCUGUUUAUGUCACGGGGUUGCCCCUCGAUGCGGAAGCGGACGAGAUCAUCGAACGUUUUAGCAAGUGUGGCGUGAUAGAAGAAGACGACGACGGAGAUCCCAAGGUGAAGCUUUAUGCCAGAGAGGAUGGGUCUUUCAGUGGAGAGGCUUUGGUGGUAUACUUUAAGGAGGACUCUGUUAUACUCGCCGUAAAUCUUUUGGAUGAUGCAGAGUUGAGGUUUGGAGAUUCCUCUUCUGUGAUGAAAGUUCAAAAAGCGGAAUUUGGUCACAAGAAUACAAGUGGCGUUGCGAGCGGCGAAUCACAACCUCGAAAGACAGUAGACAAGAAGAAGGCUUCGAGACGAAUAGGGAAAAUGCAAAAGAAACUACUUGAAUGGGACGACGAGGAUGGCUUUGGACCCUCGAAAAUGGAGGAAGAAAAUGCUCAAGUCGUUAAUAGGAAUAGCCGUGUCGUCGUCUUAAAACACAUGUUUACUCUGAAAGAACUUGAAAAAGACGCGUCCUUAUUACUGGACUUGAAGGAGGACGUGCGAGAAGAGUGUUCGACGCUAGGAGAAGUCACGAAUGUCGUCUUGUACGAUAAAGAGGCCGAUGGUGUGAUGACCGUGAAGUUCAGAGAUCCUUUGAGUGCACAAGCAUGUAUUCUCAAAAUGAGCGGUCGCUUCUUCGAUGGUCGUCGCGUUGAAGCAUCACUUUACGCAGGAAAACAGAGAUUCAAGCGUAGUGGAGCGUCCGAUGAAAUAGAAGGUGAUGGUGAUGAAGCUGAGAAACAGCGCCUGGAUGAUUUUGCCUCAUGGCUCAUGACAGAAGGGGAUUGAUUCGACUACCCGACUUGUUUAUAUUUUCUGUGUUAUGCUACCACCCUUACGUACGGAUUAUAUAUGUGUGAUUCUACACCUAGGUGAGCUAGAAAUGGGUAUCAGACUCUUUGAAAUCAUCUAUGUGCAAAGCACUAUGAA